AUGAGUUCCGACUACUCGUACGACGCCGAGGCGCAAUUCUACCCCUUCUUCAUCCUCGCCAUCACCAGCAUCAUCACCUUGCCGCUCGGCUACACCCUCGUCUUCCCCUCCAAGGACAUUGAAGCAAAGGCCCCGCGCAUCCAGAGCGACUUUAAGCCCGAGCAUGUCGACCUCAUCGACAAGCAGCGCAAAGCGCACGAGAAGAAGCAGCGCCGCAUCGUGCGCGUCAUUGCCGUCCUCAUCGGCCUCGCCGUCAUGGCCGGCAUGAUCUACCUCAUUAUCCACACACAGAGCGUCACACAAAAGAUCUGGAACCCAUAUGAUAUUCUCGGUAUCUCUGACUCUGCCGACGAGAAGACAAUUAAGAAGGUCUACAAACAGCUUUCAAGAAGACUGCACCCCGACAAGGUCAAGCCCGACCCGGCCAAGAACGAGACCAUCGAGUCCCUCAACAACGCCUACGUCGAGAUUUCAAAGGCCUACCAAGCCCUCACCGACGAGGAGAUCCGCAACAACUACAUCCAGUAUGGACACCCCGACGGAAAGCAGAGCUUCAGCAUCGGUAUUGCACUCCCCCAGUUCAUCAUCUCGGACGGCAACGGCAAGUUCGUUGUUCUCGCCUACACACUCCUCCUCGGUGUUCUCCUGCCUUACCUGGUUGGCUCCUGGUGGUACGGAACUCAGCGCAUGUCCAAGGAUGGCGUGCUUCUUGAGAGCGCCAACAACCUAUUCCGCGCGUAUGACGAGAACGUUGACGAGGGUGGCGUUGUUACUGCCCUCAGCAGUGGCAAGGAGUUCGAUGCUGUUCUGAAGGGCGACAAGGCCGAGUCUGGCCUCUCCAAGCUCGAGUCCAAGCUCCAGGCCAACGCCGAACAGGCUGGUGUCUCCCAAAAGGACAAGCAAGCUCUCGAGGACCUCGACAGCGGGGUGCGCCGCAAGGCUUUGGCUCUCCUGAGAUCUUACCUCGGCCGUGUCGAGCUCGAGGACGCCGCCCUCGACAGCGCAAAGUACGAAGUUGCUCCCAUCGCCCACGCCCUCACCCGAUCCUUCUCUGCCAUCGCCCAAGCGUACGGUAACACUGGUCCCAUUCUGGCCGCAUACUCUACCAGCCAGCACCUUAUCCAGGCUCUCCCGCCCAAGGCCUCUCCUCUCCUUCAGCUUCCUCACUUCACCCAGGACAUCGUUCGUCAGGUCGAGGGAGGCGACUCCAAGGUUCACAUUUCCCUCCAGCAGUUCAUGGAUCUGCCCGAUGAGCUUCGCAGAAACCUGGUGGUCCGCAACAACCUCCUUACUGAGGCCCAGUACAAGUCUGCCGUCAAUGUCGCUCAACAACUGCCCCAGCUCCGCGUUGCCAAGGCCUUCUUCAAGGUUACCGGCGAGCGAUUCAUCAUCCCCUCCUCUCUCGUUACCCUCGUUGUCAAGGGCCGCAUUAUCCCGCCUGGCAGCGAAAAUGUGCCCGAGGUCAACGAGCUGGACCUGGAAGACAUUGACCCCGCCGAAGACGACCUUGAGGCCUACCUUGGCCGCAAGAAGAAGACUAUCAAGGGUCCCGACGGCAAGCCUAUCCCUGUUGACGACAAGCCUAUUCUGCCUCCUCUCGCCCACGCUCCUUACUUCGCCCGCGAUCACGCCCCCAAGUGGUACGUUUUCUUGACCGACUCUAAGCAGGGCAAGAUGGCUGUUCCACCCUUCACCUUCACCCAGUUCGACCAGCCCAUCUUUGGCGACGACGGCAAGCCCACCUUCAACAUGCAAACCCUCAAGGCUCAAUUCGCCGCUCCUCCCCAGGCUGGUCACUACACAUUCGUUAUGCACGUCGUAUGCGACAGCUACGUUGGAUUCGAUACAAAGAUGGAGGUUACGCUUGUUGUCGAGGAGGCAAACAAGGCGGCAGCAAUGGUUGCCGAGGAUGAUAUCAGUGAGCCCGAUGAAGACUCGAUAGCCGGUCAGAUGCAGGCUCUCAAGGGCGGCAGCGUACCGGGCGCCACCAAGCCCCGCAGGAAAGAUGACGAUGACUCGGACGAGGAGAGUGGUACGGACGACGAUGUCCAGGACGACACGAGCGAGACGAAUACCGAUACAGAGGAUGAGUCAUGA